GUGCGGCACGUGGGGUGCUGGGCCGAGGCGGGGGCUGCCGGCGGCGGAGCUUCCGAGGCGCGCUCCGCGGGGCGCAGUCCGCCCCCCCUGGCCCUGUCCGAGGCCCGCUGCGCGGCCCCCAUGGCGUCCAGCGAGGAGGACGGCACCAACGGCGGCGCGUCCGAGGCCGGAGACGAGAAGGAGCCCAGCGGCCGGCGGAGACGCCUGGGCCUCGCGGCCACCGCCUGGCUCACCUUCUACAACAUCGCCAUGACCGCGGGGUGGUUGGUUCUAGCUAUUGCCAUGGUACGAUUUUAUAUGGAAAAAGGAACACACAGAGGUUUAUAUAAAAGCAUUCAGAAGACACUUAAAUUUUUCCAAACAGUUGCUUUGAUCGAGAUAGUCCACUGUAUAAUUGGAAUUGUUCCUACAUCUGUACUUGUGACUGGGGUCCAAGUGAGUUCAAGAAUCUUCAUGGUGUGGCUCAUUACUCACAGCAUAAAACCAAUCCAGAACGAGGAGAGCGUGGUGCUUUUUCUGGUCUCAUGGACAGUGACCGAGAUCACUCGCUACUCCUUCUACACGUUCAGUCUGCUCGACCACUUGCCGUACUUCGUUAAAUGGGCCAGAUAUAACUUUUUUAUUAUCUUAUAUCCUGUUGGAGUUGCUGGGGAACUUCUUACAAUAUAUGCUGCCUUGCCUUAUGUGAAGAAAUCAGGAAUGUUUUCAAUAAGACUUCCUAACAAAUACAAUGUCUCUUUUGACUACUAUUAUUUUCUUCUUAUAACCAUGGCCUCAUAUAUACCAUUGUUUCCACAACUCUAUUUUCAUAUGUUGCGUCAAAGAAGAAAGGUGCUUCAUGGAGAGGUGAUUGUAGAAAAGGACGAUUAACUCAUCCCUGCAGACAAGGUGCUUUUCCAGAAUAACCAGAUUACCUGAGUCCAAGUUUUAAUAACAAGAAUAAACAACUUCAUGAACCACCA